CAUUUCGGAGGUCCACAUCUCUAUGGAUGACGGCUCGGGGACUUUCCUGAGCCAAGACUCGCAUAACAGCAAGCUCAAAGCCCAUUCACUUUAACCUUCAAACAGUUAUCUAAUAUCAGAUGAACUAAAUUUAAAAACUUCUUAUAGUUGAACUAAUCUUCCGAUGUGGGACUGUGGGUCAAAAAAAUAGUAUAAAUAUUUUCCAAAACCGCUUUUCCUCAGUUCCUUAUUCGCUUAAUUGCUUCUCCUUCUUCUCGGUUACUCCCCAUACUCUGUUCUCCUCUCAACCUCCAUUCCAGAGACGAGAAUCCAGUCCUUGCGCCUGCCCAGCCUAUUCCAUUCCAGCCCUUCCUCCAGACGGCAGCCGCCAACACUGCCGCAGACCGAAAGACGCCACCCCAGCCGGCAUUCUCCGCCCACCACCGCUAAAAUCCCCCCGACUUCCGCAGCUCCAUACUUCCAUUGUUGAGGUUUUGAAUUUAAAGGGAAAAAAUGGAAUUCAAUGAUUUGGAUAACCCGUUUAAAGCUCAGUCAAAGCCUUCCACUUCAAGGUUUGCUCCGAAAUCGUCUAGGUUUCAGCCGAAGACAAAGCAACCGCCGGUUAAACUUGAACCAAAACCGGAACUGGAGCCGGCGCUGGAGCGAAUGAAUGUUAAAGAAGAGGAUUCACAUACUAUCUCAUCCGUUGGAGAUGCUAAAGUGGAUAUUGAUGAGGAUUUUUUGGAAAAAAAGGGAGGUACUACUGUAGAGUUAAAGGAAGAAGAGGAGGCGGGAGUUCCAGAAAGUUCUGUUGCUAUGGAGGAAGAUGAUGUAGUUGUUGCUGAGUAUGAUGUGUAUUUUAACCCUCCUGAUCCGUCUUCUGAGUUGUAUGUAUUGCAAUAUCCACUGCGACCAUCAUGGCGUCCUUACGACUUGGAGCAAAGAUGCACCGAGGUGAGAUUCAAACAAAGUACCGGUGAGGUGGAAGUGGAUUUGUCUAUCGAUAUGAAUUCAGAUAAUUUUGAUGUUAGAGCAAAUGAUCAAUUCAAGAUGAACAAACAGGUUUUGUCAUCUUCAUGCAAGCUGCCUCAAACUACAGGAUAUGCCAUUGGGGUGUUGUCUGGUAAGAAGCUCUUUGUGAAUCCCAUUCAAGGUGUUGUGCAGCUUCGACCAUCAAUGGAAUAUUUGGAUUCUGGUGGGUCAUUAAAGAGAAAUAAUCCAAAUGUUACCGUCAAAGAAGGAUCCAGUAAUGAUGUCCGUUCUGGUCAAUCAAGUAAGCAGAAUAAGCAAGUAGAUUCAGAAGCCUUGGAGCCAUGGGUUUCUCUCAAUUACCAUAGUUCGACGUCUGAGCUUGCAAAAAGAUAUUUGAAGAAGAUGAUGACAGCACAGAAUAAUCCAUUACAGUUUUCGAUGAAUCCGAAUGACUAUUUGAACUCUUUGUGUCCUAAGGCGGCUAUCACCAAGAUGCAGUCAAGUGGACCAUCAAGAGGGUCUCUGCUUGCCCUGCCACUGGAGGAGCGAAUUAAGACAUCGCUUAUUGAGGGACCCUCUGUUCAAAGAUUUGCAGCCAUUACUCACCUUGCUCCUAAUGACCCAGUUGAAGAUGUUCUUGAAGAACUUCAAAAGUAUGCUAUGUUGGUACAGGGGCUUUGGGUGGUGAAAACUAGAUUUCGAUAUCCAAAUUCCAAAGGACCUGAAUUACUAGCAAGAGAUUAUGCUCUUCUACUUUUCAGCAAGAGCCCAGUCUUCAAAGACUCAGAAUUAGACAUUCUAGGAUCUUCCAAAUCUACUGGAAAAGUAGUACUUCGAGAAAUAGCAGUUGAAAGACCAUACUGUAAAGAUUGGAAGUUCUUAGAACCUACAGAUGUUUCAUUUAUAAAACAUUAUCCAGAUGUCGUGGAGCAACAGCAGAAAUUAUGGCAAGGCCAUGAGCAACACUUGCAACGAAUUAUCGAUGCGCGCAGAGCUGGAGCUAGAAUUGGAGCGAAUUCCAAAACUUCUGGGAGGCCUGGAUCAUCAAUGCGUCUUGAUGAAGGUGGUGUAAGACCAAACAAUUUCUUGUCAAAAGAAACUCGAGAUGCCCUGCCAAAGGUUUUGAGAAAAAUUUUCCAAAGCCAUAAAGUUUGCAGCUUUCAAACAAUUUUACAGGGUCUUAGGGAUAUGGCAGUUUCUAUGUCUGCCCUACCAAAGGCUGAUGCUAGAGCUUCUGCUGCUGUUCUAGCUGCUGAUGCCCCUCAAGAAGAACUUCAGUCUGUAAUAUGUGACAUUGCAGUUAACAUUCAUGGUGUUUAUUUAUUGAAGUCAUCCCCUGAACAUUCAGAAGUCGACCCAUUGAGAAGAGUAGUUAUUGAACUUUUUCUUGGAAAAGGACCUAAUGCAAAGCUUAAGAAAGGAGAAAUUAUUGAAGCUGCCAAGAUUAGACUUCAAAAGGAGCCCACUAAUAGUGAAUUUCAGAAGGUCAUCACUGAUUUUUGCGUAUCAAAGGGAGGGGCUUGGGUACUAAAAAGUGGUGACGGAGUCCCAAAAGAUCUUUGCUGAAGUAUCUUCCAACAUUUUUACUACACAGGAAUACCGCCAGUUGUGUUCUUUUUUCUGCGGUUCAGUUGAAUUGCUGAACCUUGUAGUUUUGAUAUUGUUGCCGGUUUCGUCAAGCAAGAAGACUUACUGCCUUGUUCGGCCGAUCUCCUGCCAUUUUGAUGCUCGGUACAGAAGGAGCACUAGUUUUUCUGCUCAUAGUCAUACUAUGAUCUAAAACUAAUACAUAACUUUGAUUUAUUAUCCUAUGAAUUUGGAACCUUUUAAUCUGCUUUUUUUUUUUUUUUUUUUUUUUUUU